UAGCCUCUCUUUCCACAAAAAAGAAAACCCUAGAGACCCUGUUGUCCGAAAUCUCUCCCCCGCCACUCACCCUCACCAUCACUGUUUUGUUGAGCUUGCAACCUCACAAUCUUUGUUUUGAGAGACAAAAAAGGAAGAACAGAAGAAGACCUCGCAUUGAGAUCUCUCCCCAUCCCCGACUCUCUCGCCCAAAGUCUAUUUCCCCAAUCCCUCACCCUCACAGUCAUGUUUAAUUUGAGCUUGCAGCUUUGCACUAAGAUCUCUCUCGAUCCCCGACUAUCUUGCCACUAAGAUCUCUCUUAAUCAGUAGCUCUAUCACAUUUUCGAGGAGCCUCUAGAUGGGUUAUCGCUUCUGUUGCAAAGCAGAGUCUGCCAUUGCCAUUUGCGAUCCCUGCAACUGGGCCCAAAAGAAGCAGCACCAGCAACACAUAGGGAAUAAUGUACGGAAGUUCUUCUACGCUGAACUAGAGUCUGCCACCGGAGGUUUCUCUUCGCCCAACUUCCUUGGUAAAGGCAGCCAUGGAACUGUUUACAGAGCGGCAAUCGACGGCGGACAACUCAUCGCCGCCGUAAAAAAGACAACAACCGCCGCCGCAACAGCUUUUGUUCAAAAUCACAACAGCCCAGCAGAAAACGAGAUCGAAAUUCUCUCUAGAAUCCGAAGCCACCACUUUGUGAAUCUCUUGGGUUACUCUCGAGAUCCCAAAGAGAAGAAACUACUACUGGUUGUGGAGCUCAUGCCUAAUGGUUCACUCUACGAUCUCCUCCACUCCAGCCUUCGACCGCCCGGUUGGUCGAAACGAGUCCGGUUCGCACUUCAGACCGCAAAGGCGGUCGAGACCCUACACACCUCGAACCCGCCGGUUAUUCACAGAGACAUAAAAUCCUCUAACGUCCUCCUCGACGGCAAUUGGAACGCUAGGUUGGGUGAUUUCGGGCUGGCGCUGAGAGGAAACGUGGAGGAUGUAAGGAUAAGACGUACGCCCCCGGCGGGCACGUUAGGCUACCUUGACCCUGGUUACAUCACGCCGGAGAACCUCAGUAGCAAGAGCGAUGUCUUCAGUUUUGGGAUUCUACUGUUGGAGAUCAUCAGUGGCAGAAACGCCAUUGAUAUGAACUAUAGCCCUCCGUCGGUGGUUGAUUGGGCUUUACCGAUGAUCGGAAAAGGAAAUUUCAGCUCUCUUUAUGAUCCUCGGAUUGGACCGCCAGGGGACUUGUCGGUGGUCCGGGAACUGGCGUUGUUGGCCUCUCGGUGUGUGGCGUUGGAUGCAGAGAAGAGGCCGGACAUGGCGGAGGUGGUGGGUUGUCUUAGAUUUGUUUGCAAGAAAGUGAACUCGAUCUCGCCGAUUUGGAUAAGUAUUAGGCGGAGGAUGGUGAAACCGGCGAUGUCAAUGGGUGCCCAAGUGUCUGAUGCGGAGAGCUCUAGACAUAGUAGUCGGAAUUCUUCAUCAAUGAGGAGCAGCAGAAGAGUGGCGAGUGUUCAACCCAGUAUGGAUUCUAGGAUUGAAAUGAGUGGGACAGUGAGAAAGAGUGGGUGCCGGUCCAAAUCGAUUGGUUCUGUGACGGAGAUGCAAAUGGGGUCUGAUGAUGAUUUCUUUGUCAGCCAGCAGCUUGCACUAGUUGGGAGACGAUCCGGAUUGGUUCUUAAGAUGCGUUGUGAGAGAUUGAACAAAUCCAAAUCAUAUGGGGGCAAUGCAAGGCCUGCAAGCCACGCGCUUGGCACACAAUGGUGAAAGCGGAUUUGUGUUCAGCUGGUUAGGAAUCCUUAAUUACCUUCUGUAGUGUACUUAUUCCCUAAUGGGUGAUUUUCAUGUCUUUGUUGUUAUUACAUUAAUAGAUUUCUUUUAAAAUCUUGUUCGUAUCUGGGAAGCCUUGAAUUUUGUUUUUAGAUUGGGAAGCAUGAAUUUAGUUCUCGGUAUUGAUA